AUGCUCUCCACCAUGGACACCGUGGCAGCUCUGGCUGCUGUCUUUGUUGCUGGAACUCUGCUUUCACGCCUGGCGAGUUGGAUCAGAUAUCAUUUCAAAAUUCGCAAGAUCCCCUUGGCUCACAAUCUUGGCCUUUUGGAUAGGAUCUUCACCCGCAAGGCCACCGAGGAAUUUGCUGUCGAUUUCAAAAACUUAUCACGCAAAGGACUGGCCAAGGAUAAAAAUGCAUUUCGAGUCCAAACAGACUUUGGAGAAAUGGUCAUUCUGGGUGGCCACUACGCGGAAGAAAUGAAGGGCGACAACGGACUGUCCACGGGCGAUUACACAAAAAUGGAACUUAUGGGUGAUAUUCCGGGUUUCGAACCAUUUUCGUUCGCAGGGGACCAUCGGGAACUCAUGCACACUGUCAUCACUAAAAGGCUGAACCGAGCUCUUCCUCGGCUCGCAAUCGAGCAGUCCGUGGAGGUCGCUGACUUCUUGAGCCAUAAUUGGACAGAUUCGAAUGAAUGGCAUUCUAUUCCUCUUUACCAGAUGCUCAUGGGCCUGGUAGCACGAGCAUCCGUGUCGGCUUUUCUGGGACCUGAGCUUGCAAGGAACGAACGUUGGAUUGAACUGAACGCCCAGUACACAGUUGUCGGAAUCGGCGCUGUGCACGCGCUCCGACCGUGGCCGCGCUUUCUUUUACCCCUUGUCCACCACUUCCACCCCAAAGCGAAAGCGGUCCGGGCGAUACUGUCAGAGUGCAGGCAAAUUAUGGAACCGAUUUUACGUAGGCGGGCACAAGCCAAACAAGGCAAUCAAAUCAAGUCCGCAGUAACUGACACUGCCCUGGACUGGUUCGAAGAAGUAGCUGCCAGCAUCGGGCAAAGCUACGAUCCCACGGUGGCACAGCUUACUUUUGCUGUUGCGGCUAUGCAUAGCACUACAGACCAUCUCUGUCAGAUAUUGAUCGACCUUAGAGACAAGACUGAAGUCGUAGCUGCCGCAAGGAGUGAGCUGGUCGAUGUUGUGACCAAAGACGGGUGGAAUCAGACAGCACUUUCGCAACUGAAAUUGAUGGAGAGCAUCAUGAAAGAAUCCCAGAGGUUGAAGCCUAUUAACAGAGUCAUUAACAAGCGGAUUGUCACUGAGGACCUUCACCUCAGCAAUGAUGUCUUCCUACCCAAAGGUUCCUAUGUGGCAGUAUCGGGCGAGCGGAUGCAUAAUCCGAGCGUCUACGAAGAUCCAGAACAAUACGAUGCUUAUCGUUUCAUCAAAAAAGCAGAGGAAGGUCCAGAAUCAGCACGUUUCUCAGGCUACACAUCCAUAACCACGGAUUCUGUCGGGUUCGGCUAUGGCAAACAUUCCUGUCCCGGUCGUGGCUACGUUUCACAAGAAAUGAAAGUCAUCUUGUCUCACAUUUUGCUCAAGUAUGACUUUCGUUUUCCGGAGGGGUAUCAACCGAAAGGUGUGAACAAUGGCUUUGAUAGUAUCACGGACAUUAUGGCCUCAUGGCUGGAGGAUAUGCAGGCGCCGUAA